AUACUUUGAUUCCUCCAUGGCUAUCUGCACAUAACUCACUCAAUGGGGGCCAUCCCCCUCUUUAUAAAUUUUUUUUUUUACUCUUCUCACUAUUUGUAGUUGCUUCAACAGUAAUACCUUUACAUUCCUCUUAUAACCAACACUUCACAAUCCUUUCUCAAACUCCUCCUCAUCUUUCAAAACUUUGCCCUAUUCUUCUUCUUCUUCUUCAUUUGUCAUUAAUCACCAUUAAACUCAUUUAAACUCCCUUUCUUUUUAUAAUGAAUUAUCAACCUAAUACUUCUCUCCAUUUAAGUCUCCCCAACGAUCAACUCAACCUCGACCUUGCCCUUGAGCCAUCGUCUUCAUCAUCGUCGUCCAAUAGUCCGACGACGACCGAACCACGAGUCUUUUCUUGUAACUAUUGCCAGAGAAAGUUCUUUAGUUCACAAGCACUUGGUGGUCACCAAAAUGCACACAAACUAGAACGAACCUUGGCUAAGAAAAGCAGAGAGCUAAGCUCGUCAGUUCAAAUCCAUGGGUCUAGUCUUAGUGGUUUGAGCCAUCCACAACGUUUUCAGUCACACGUCGCGACUUUCGAACAGCACCAUCGAGCCGGUAGGUUCGCCGGAGAAAUAGGGUAUGGAAGGAGAGACAUAAAUUAUGGUCCUAGAGAAGGGAUGAUGGGUUCAUGGUCGUCCAAGGGUUACCGGCCUGAAGAUGUUCAAGACGAGUUUAGCCACCUUGACUUAUCUCUAAGACUUUGAAAAUUGCACUUUGGUUUAACAUAAUUUUGAUCAUAUGUCACCUUUAUUUUUCAAUGCAAAAUAAUUAUUUUUAGUGUUA